GUUAAGAGCUUCCUCUGCGGAGCAUCUGUGGUCAAGGAUGACGUUGUCGUGACUGCAGCGCAUUGUAUUGAGGCGGUGAUAUCGUGGUGGACGGGAGAGCUACUAGAGACAUUCCACGGCCAGAUCGGAAGCAACGCACUAAGUCACGGAUACGAAGAGAUCCGUUUCUCAGGACACCUGAUCCAUCCGGCCUGGGACCGCAUCAACAUCAAGUACGACCUGGGCGCUCUAUGGUUGACCGAGCCGUUGUCGAAAAAUUCUCCAGCAAGACCCAUUGCGCUGAGCUUUAAGAAGAUCGGUGGAGGCGAGCGCCUGACUGUUACGGGAUGGGGAAGACUAUCGGAUGAUGUGCUAGUCGUCGACCCUGGCAAUCCUGGCGAUAACACGGUAAGAUUCAGAUCCACACCAGCAAAGGAAUUAAUAAUAUAA